AUGGUUGUUCGAUAUGCCACGAAGGCUUUGAACUCUCUGAAGAAUACACUCAAAUAUAAGAGAGUUGAGGACCUUCCUCCAUCCAUUACUUAUCCAAUCACACUUUCUCCCCAAUUUGCUGAUGUGCUUCAAAAGAAGUUAGAGAAUAAUGGAAGACUUGAAGAGUCUCCUGAAACAAAUCCAGACGUUCGCGAGAGAAGAACCACCAAUGAAAACUUGUUUUUAAAACCAGACUUUGGUUUGAAGGUAGAUUUACCUCUCACUUCAUCCAGUGAAACAACAUACUCAUCGGAAAAACAUGUUGGUACUCCUCUCAAGAAAACAAUGGAACAAUCGGUCUCUGACUUUGAAAAGUUUUUCCAAGAUUUAAGAGGAGAAUCAUUUGCUGAAUUUGAUAUGAACACCCACCAACGAAUCGAAUCUACCAUACCCAUGCAUUCAUUGGCAAACCUCUUGAAGUCUCACAAAAUUAAUAGACAAAAAACCAUGAGUGCUGAUGAGCUAGCAGAACGAAUUUUUGAUGGUGAAGAAAUGCGUGCCUAUAUUACAAAAAGGAACGAGUUCAUUGCUCAAAACAACAUCCAAAUACCAAAUGAAGACUUCCUUUAUGAUACUCCAGUUGAACUGGAAUUAGAAAGUAUCGUCAACCAAAAUCAUGAGCCGUUACUGAAGUGGAUGAACGACCAAUGGCAAAUAUUUGUUAAUUACUCUAAACAAAUGCUAGACUUCCACAAACCAUACUAUGAAGCAUAUGCUAAACAAAAUACAAAAUCUGAGAAAGAAGCAGCAUUAUUACUUGAUACAGCUUACAAGUUCGAAGAGCUCAAAAUACUAAGUUCUAGCUUGGCCUUCACAACACAACCAUGUUUCCAAACUAGAUUGAAGGAAGUCAAACCAAUUUUGGAUAGAAUUGUUUCUAUCACCCGGGAUGUUGAAACCACAUUGCUUCAGAACACCAAAACAAAAUAUCCACAACUUUCCAAGCUGGUAGAAAAGCUUUCCAAAGUAUCAAAAAUCAAAACAGAUUUCUUGUCUUCUAGCCCUGAGGCCCAUCUCUAUUGGUUGCAAGAAUCCCCUGUAAACCAAAUCCAUCAAAACUAUCAAGAAGAAAACAACACACCCAAGUUUAUGGAUGUCGUGUUAAACUCGCUCAAGUCAUACAAGAGUCAAUUAGAGCCACUCUUUUCUGUUGAAGAAUACAAUGAAUUUAAAAAGGCUAUCAUUGACAAUAUUGAUGCAUUAGAUAAUGACACUUAUGGAUUUUUACAAACAACGGUAGAGAAGUUUAAGUCUGAUGCAACUAUGGAUCUUAGACCAUUGGACAUUUCAAACGAUGAGGAUGUCUUGAUCAUGAAAAAAAUUAAUAACAAUGUAAAGAAGGCUUUGAAAGAAGGAAAGACCCCAUUUAAGGCUAUCUUUAAUGUUGACAAUUAUGUUGAGUUUUUCUCUCACCUUAAAAGAACAAGAAACACUGCUGAGAUCAAAGAAAUGUUACCAGCCUAUCAAUCAAAAUAUAUUGCAGACACAAAGUUACCAACUCACCAUAUUUCAUUAAGACAAUCAUACGGAUUCCUUCAUUCUGGUAUCAAGUAUCCAGCUGAUAAGGUUGUAAAGUUGACAGUAAGACUUGCCGACAUUGAUUUUAGCUCUGAUAUCGCAAGACAAAACUUUAUCAAGCUUGUAAAGGGUGAUAUGAAAGCCAAGUACAAGAAGAGAUUUAGCGAGAUCAAACAAACAGUCACGUUAAGAUGUGGCUUAUAUGAUACCAAAGAAGAGAAUAUCAACUACUUGCAAAAUCUAUUGGUUGAACUUAUUAGAGCAGCAGAAAGCUUUGAUACUCUCAUUCCUGAAGCUCCUACGACCGUAGCUACUGAAACAAGAGAACAAUUACAACAAAGAUUUUUGGAUGAGGAUGCAAAAGCAGAGGCUGCACUUGAGGCUUGGGUCAUGCACAGAAGAGCUGGUAAGGUUGCCGUCGGUGCUGAUCUCACUUACGGAGAAGGUGUCAAAGAAGAGCAGAAGGUUGAAGAAGAGAUUGUGGAAGAUUAUGGUUACAAAACUUACAACGUGGAUGAGUUACAAGACAUCGAUAUGGAUGAAGAUUCCGGUCUGAACAAAUAA